UCAUUUGAUGAUAUACUAAUAAUUAAGCUCCCUUCAAACCUUUGCCUUUACAACAAAAUUAUAUUUUAUGAAUUUGUUAGACACAGAUUUAAAAAAGAAAAGAACAUACUAAUAUUAAAUGGCACCUCAGCCUGUUGUCACUGGUCUUUCACCGAAAGAAGGUCCUCCAGGAACACGAGUUACAAUACGAGGGGAGUUUCUGGGAACUAGAUCAAAUGAUCUUAUCGGUCUUACAAUUUGCGGGUCCGAUUGCCUUCUGUCAGCAGAAUGGAAGAGCUCUAACAAAAUAAUUGCUCGCACUGGGCCUGCUAAGGGAAAAGGGGAUAUCAUCGUCACCACUUUGAGCGGAGGUGUUGGUACAUCCACAGUGCAAUUUCGGGCGUAUCACGAAACAAUUGGACCACUUAAAGAAUCAGCAGUUUGGAUUGAAGAAUCUCCAACCCAAACGCUGUCAUGGGGAAGACGAACCUUAACUCAAACUGGCUAUACACAAGAGGAUCCUCUCGGUCUCUCGAUUGAAGGAAACGAGCAGAAAAUUCCAGAAGACUUGAGGGAACUUUUUCCGGACCACAGUGGUGAUUUAUCGCAAGAGAAUUUUUCCCCUUCAUGGUUUUUGUUAGAGAACCACCUGGCUACUUCCUUUGAGGAUUUAAAAGCCGGUCUGUCUUAUCUCAAACGCAAAGUAGAAAGUCAGAAAGAGGGACAACUAUCAUUUCUGAAAUCAAACGCUGGUUCAGUUAUAGAUCAACUUGAUACUCUUAUGAACAUAAGAGACAAGUUUCAAGAAGAUGUAAGAGUGCAUGGAAUCAAACCAUUAACCCUUCUGCAUACAUCAAUUGAAAAUUCGAUUUCUGAGUCCAACAAUAUUUUUAAUGAAGUUUUGUUAAGGAAGGAAAAGGCGGAUUCUACUAGAGCCGUUCUUUUGGCUCUUUCCAGGCAUAAGUUUCUCUUUUCUUUACCAAACUCGGUAGACCGAAGGGCUGCCGCUGGGGACUAUGAUAUCCUUGUGAGCGAUUACUCGAGAGCUAAAAAUUUGUUUGGAAAAACAGAAGUGCCCAUUUUUCGAAGAAUUUUGGAUGAAGUUGACAUGCGGAUUUUGAAAAUCAGAAAAGAGCUUCACGAAAAAGUAAUCAAAAUGCCACAAAGUGUUGAGCAGCAAAAAAAGUGUAUUAAAGCUCUUACCAGCUUAGAGCUACAACAAAGUGGAAACAUAACUAAUAAUAAGCUAAAAGACUCAGACCCUGCUUGGGAUGCUAUUGAUGCUCGUGCAAAAUACUUGGAAGCAACCUUCAAGUUAACUUUCGAACAGUAUACUUCAAAAGAAAGCGGACAAGAAAAAUCUAAGAACCGUGAUAGCAAUCAACCACCAAGUCGUGUUGUUUUUUGUGAGGAAAUAUGUGAUAUAGCUGCAUCUCAACUGCCUGAUCUAUGGCGACUUGGUCAGCUCUAUUUUACAGGGGAACUGCGUGGUCAAAACGAUCCGAAACCAGGAGACUUUAAAAGAAUGAUCUUAACAGCUAUAGAAAAGUUUUGCACUUAUCUGCGUGUAGCUAUACUCAUAGCUUCUGACUUGCGUUCUCUACGCCAAACAACAGGAGUAUCGUGGCCAAUUGGAUCGUCGUCUGCAACACAUCAAUUUCUUCCAUGGAUACAACAGUGCUUACGCUUCAUUAGAAUAACAUACGCCACAUUGAUACGCUUAGAUUUACCAAACAAUGCCUUAGACAUUAUUCAAAAGCUGAUAAACGACGUACGACUGUUUUGUUUUUCAAUUAUUUUCAAGCGUUCUAAUGACAAAGUCAAAAAGCUUGGCUCUAAAGAAAAUUGGAUAACAGGAGUUGAUGAAUUCCCGGGUGCCACGCUGUUGCCAUCUAUGCUGGAGGAAAUAAUUGUUGAGACUUUAGAAGAAGGCCAAAAUACUUGUAUGAAUCCCGAAAUAAGGGAGGGUAAUCUUUUAGAACCUCAGUCAGAUGGUCAGCGGGAGGUUUCUCAACGGCUGCAAGAAAUGCUGUCUACAUUCUGCGGAGUAAUUGAGGAAUUGACUUUUCAAAGCCACGACGAUGAAGCUAAUACAUCGACUAUAUCCCAACUGCUUGGGUUUCCAAACUCUCAACAGAGUGGCCCAGACAGUAAAAUGUGGGGAUCAGUUGUGUCUUGGGAACAACGAAUGCUUUGUUGCUUAGCAAACUGUGCCUACUGCAAUAAAUGUUUUUUUCCACAUAUAGGCACGGUGUUCGUAAAGUACGGUUAUCCUUUACCGAACUUAGCAAUCGAAACGUCGCGCUAUUCUAUAAAUCAACUAUUUACAAACUUGUUAGAGGCCUAUGUCGAACAUAAAGGGGACCCUUUGGUAGGAACAAUUGAGCCUUCAAUGUACUUAGGCCGAUUCCAAUGGGAUAAUCAGGUAGAAAUUGGAAAACUACGCCCAUAUGCUCAUGAGUGUUGUGACAAUUUAGUAGGCGUUUAUUCAGAGGUAUUUACUAUUUGUCCAUCACUCUUGCGUUCGAUCCUGGAGCCACUAAUUCAAACUGUUGCUGAGGAGUUAGCUCGUCUCAUGAGUUGCGUUACAGAAUUUAGUAGCACAGGAAUUAUACAAGCGAACGUAGACAUCAAACUAAUGCGAGAUGUGCUUAAGUUUUAUAGUAACGAAACAGCAAAAUCUUUUUUUGUGGAAGCACUUGAUGCAAUAAAUCCCCAGAUGAAUGCAGAACAAAGUAAACAAGUUGAUGCAAUUCUUAAGGAUGUGAAACAAUGUAUGAAAUUACAUUUCGCUUGUUUUUCAGUUGUCAAUCCAUAAACCAGCAAAAAAAUUGUCUAAUUAAAUCGCUAAUUUGCAGAACACCUUAAUUAUUAUUAAAAGCAAACAAAUUUUAUUAAAAAAAA